GGAAUUUUGAUACGAUAUAAAUUAAAAAAAUCAGUCACGUGCAGUCGUAUAUAAUUUCCGUGCAAAUAAACAGAUAUGCACUUUUUUUAAAAGCAUUUUACUUUUAUAGGUUUUCGAUAGACUAGGUUGGAUCUUCUACUUGAUGCAUAUUGAUCGAGUUAUCUAGUACAGUUAGCCCUGUUUGUGGAAGCAGAGGCCUUUGUGGCUAUGACUACGGAUCUACUGUCUGAUUUAGAUAGCCGUUUCUUCGCUGAUAACCUUCUAACAAGCGAAGAUUGGGAUGCCUGUCUUUACCAGUGUGAGAGUAUGGAGGAGGGUGAGGAUGGGGAGUUCGGCAGAGGACUGAGAUAUGACACAUCAUUUGACAAUGACCUUGUGCUGACCCUCGAUCCUGACAACCCCACGUCACCAUGGAAACACCUGGAGGACAACCUCCUCACAGGUGGCAUUCCUGUUAUAAAAAAUGAAAUGCCGAUGACACAGCCCUUGCCAGUGGACAUGUUGUUUCAGGUGAAAGCAGAACCUCCAUCUCCAGCAUCCUCUCUGGGCUCUGACAGCUCUCUGCCCUGCCUACCUGAGCCACAGAUCACAGUUAAAGGAGAGAACCCCCCCACUCCUCCCUACAUGUACGGAGAUGUCCUGUCGCCCCCACUGGGAACCAUGGAGGUUACCGUGGCAACUGUUGCCCCUCCCCAACCCCAGCCUCAGGCCUCGACGCCUCAGCUCUCCACGCAGAGUCUCAAUGGCACAGAAACCCACACAACAGUCAUUCCCUCCGCGGCCACGCUCAAGGCCAGCACCAUCCUGAGCACUAAGCCUCCCAUCCAGCCACGGCCCGUGUGUGUGGCAGCCUUACCGGUUCCCCAGGCGCCCAGCCCUGCCAAGGCCCUCAUACUGCAGAGCCUGCCCGCCAUGGACCAGACUAGGCCUGUUGUGUUGUCUCAGUCUGUCUGCCUGGGUUCUGCGCCUGCCAUUGUCAAAAUGGAGCCAGUAUCUCCCAGCAUGCCUCACUGUGCCAGCCCCACAACUCCGCCCACCACCAGCAAGCCCAUAAUCCCAGCGUCCUCUCUGCCCGGGAGCAGCUGUAAUGACAUUGACAUGAAGGUGUUGAAGCGACAGCAGAGAAUGAUAAAAAACCGGGAGUCUGCCUGUCAGUCGCGGAAGAAGAAGAAGGAGUACCUACAGAACCUGGAGACCCAGCUCCGAGAGGCCCAGCUGGAGAACGAACGUCUCCGCAAGGAGAACCAAGCACUGCGGGAACGCCUCGCCAGCAAGGAGGGUGGUGAAUCAGGGAACAAUAAGAGAGCAGUGUGUGUGAUGGUGGUACUGCUCUUCAUCACCUUCAGCUUCGGCCCCGUCAGCAUCACAGACAGGAAGUUGGAAACAGGGUUACAGGAAGGGGCGGUACCAAACACAGGAAGACACCUGCUGGAGUUUGUACAGGAGCCGGUCAGGGCGAGACAACACGACAGAACAACGGAGGAGAGAGCAGAGAGUGAGGAGGAGGCAGGAGAGGACGGAUGGAGAAAAGGAGGACUGGAUCGAGACGCUGCCGACUCCUAUCAGUUCAGGAACGCGAGCAGUGUGUUCAGUGAGGUCAAGGACCUGGUCCUACAGGACAUCGACCGUUACUUCUCAUCCUCAAACUGCAGGCAGUUCAACCGCUCUGAGUCACUCAGAUUGGCUGAUGAGUUGCGUGGGUGGGUGCACCGACAUCAGAUUGACAGGAAGAAGUCUGGUGGGAAGCCGAAGAUGGAGAAGAAGGCAAAAAUAACUCAGAAAGCCCAUCCGAGGAAGACCAACUUCUCCAGAUACCUGCCUGUUCAGUCCCAUCACUCCAUCGAAAGUCAGUUGCAGGUUUUGUCAGGACCAGAACUGAGCUACAGUGAAUUUCUGGAUGCCAUUGACCGACGUGAGGAUACAUUCUAUGUGGUCUCCUUUAGACGGGAUCAUCUGCUGCUUCCUGCCAUCAGUCACAACAAAACCACUCGUCCCAAAAUGUCCCUGGUCAUGCCAGCCAUGGCACUCAAUGAGAGUUUGUAUAACUCCUCUCAGGGCUAUGAGAUGAUGAUGCAGGUGGACUGUGAGGUCAUGGAUACCAGGAUAAUCCCCAUCAAAUCCUCAGCCGUCCCCCCCUCUCUGCGCGACCCCCCGCCCCCCCCGCCGGCGCACCAUCACCACGGCAACCACACCUCGCUACGAGGCCGUCACCAAGCCCACGGCAACGGCCACGCGUCACCAAGGCAACCCUUACCUGCCCGGAGACGAGACGCGGAGUAUUACAUCAGCCAAGGAGAAGGAGUUUGAGAGAGGAGGAGGUGGGGAGGAGAUGAGAGGAAAGGUGGUUGGUCGUUAUUCUUCUCUGGUGGACUUUAGCAGAAGGGGAAGGAGUUUGAGAGAGGAGGAGGUGGGGAGGAGAUGAGAGGAAAGGUGGUUGGUCGUUAUUCUUCUCUGGUGGACUUAAGCAGAAGGGGAAGGAGUUUGAGAGAGGAGGAGGUGGGGAGGAGAUGAGAGGAAAGGUGGUUGGUCCUUAUUCUUUUCUGGUGGACUUUAGCAGAAGGGUUUUUGUUUUGGUUUUUUUUCCUCUUGGCAGGGUGUCAUUGAAGCUAAGCAAAUGCCUAAUGUUUUAAAAACGUCACUGCAACGUUGAAACACUGCUCUUAGCAAUAGCGGGAUAAUGUUUAGCGUUUAUAAGUGCAGUAAACUUGGCACAGUUUUGUUUCCAGCUGACAUUUAAUUCAAAUCUCAACACAAGUCUUUUUUUUUUUUACCAAAUCUAUAUGUCACAGGUCCUGGUAUGUAGGAAGUAUUGACAAAUGCCUCUUAUUUAAUGGAAAAUCA